AUAUUUUAUUAAAUUGCAGGAAAUAUUUACCUUACAAAGUUAUCAAAUCACCUGAAGGCGAUGCCUGGGUAGAAAGCGGUGACGGUAAAACGUUCUCUCCUAGUCAGAUCGCAGCAUUUAUUUUAAGGAAAAUGAAAGAAGCCGCUGUAGCAUAUUUGAAUGAGCCCGUCAACAACGCAGUCAUCGCCGUACCUGCCUAUUUCAAUGAUUCUCAGAGACAAGCUACGAAAGAUGCUGGUCGACUUGCUGGAUUCAAUGUCCUGGGAGUCAUCAACGAACCUACUGCAGCCGCUUUGGCUUACGGAAGUAAUGAGACUGAAGAUAAAGUUAUUGCUGUUUACGAUUUCGGCGGUGGUACUUUCGACGUAUCUGUUUUGGAAAUCCAGAACGGAGUUUUCGAAGUGAAAUCUACCAAUGGUGAUUCAUUCUUAGGCGGUGAAAAUUUCGAUAAUGUUUUGGUUAACUAUUUUGUAUCCAAUUUGAAAUUUGAUCAAAGAAUUGACGUCACAAAAGAUCAAAGGGCUAUGCGAAUAUUGAAGGCAGCUGCUGAAAAGGCUAAAAUUGAAUUAUCGUCUAAACUUGAAACCAAAAUCAAUUUAAAAUAUCUGACAGUCGACUCGUCUGGACCUAAACACUUGAAAUUGAAAGUAACGAGAGAGCGAUUCGAACAUCUUGUCGCUAAAUUGAUCGAAAAAACCAUAGCUCCGUGCCAGAAAGCUUUACAAGAUGCUAAAGUUGACAAGUCUGAUAUCAGUGAAGUUUUAUUGGUCGGUGGCAUGACCAAAAUGCCGAAGGUGCAAUCUAUGGUACAACAAAUCUUUGGCAAACAACCUAUUCGAGCUAAGAACCCUGAUGAGUGUGUUGCUAUUGGGGCAGCUAUUCAAGGAAGUGUCUUAGUUGGGAAUGUUACCGAUGACGUUAUUGUGUCUGAUGCUAAAAUUCAAGUUUGCCAGGAUGACCCUGAAAUAGCUAGCAAUUGUAGUAAAGAGCAUACCGUUAUAAAGUCUUCAGAUGAUCAAAGCGAAGAAAGCAUAAUAAAUUAUAUAAAAACUUUGAAAAAAAAGAACGCUCCAUUGGAAGAGAGGAACACUUUCCUGGAAGAGAAGAACGCUUUCCUGGAAGAGAGAAACGCUUACCUGGAAGAUAUAUGGAUAGAGGCCGUUAUUGGACCGGAAGCUGUCCGGCACUUUCCUCCCCCACAUACCCGAUGUGUGGCGUACAAAAAGGCUGAAUGGAACAAUAUUAUGAACUCUUCAAAUGGUCGCAGCGGAGAAACCAACAAUAUAAAUUAUUAUGGUAAAGAUAUAAAAUAUAGGGAGAAAUAUGUCGCUCUAUUGGAACAAAUAAGCUCUCUAUACGAAAUAAGGAGCGCUCAAUUAGAGAAGAGGAACGCUUUCCUAGAAGAGAACAAUACUUACCUGGAAAAGUCGUUGGUAGAGGCCGUUUUUGGAGCCCGCGUUUUCUACUGCUUAAAAUGGGAUCUGCCAACCAUCCGAACUAAAGCUUAUGAAAUUGCCGCAGGCCGUAUAAAUAGAUAUUUUGUUGAUACCGACACCGAGAAUGAUUACUUUAACAUUUAGUUAUAAGUGUAUGACUGUAUGUAGGUAAUUUUUACUAGGUAGGUACUAUUUUUUUUUUUUUCAUUUUUUGUUUUAUCUUUCGUAUUUUAAUAAAAUUUUAUAAAUU